AUGCGCUGCAGCAGCAAGUGCAGCGCAGCAGCUCUGCUGCAGCAGCAGCAGCAGCAGCAACAGCAACAACAGCAACAGCAAGAGCAGCAGCAGCAGCAGCAGCGAAGUGACUCUUCAGCUGACUGCAACAGCAGCAGCAGCAGCAGCAGCAACAGCAGCAGCAGCAGCAGAAACAGCAACAGCGAUAGCAACAGCAGUAGCAACAGCAAGACCAACAGCAGCAACAGUAGCAGCAGCAACAUUAGCAGCUGCAGCAGCAACAUCAGCAACAACCGUGGCAGCGAUAGGAGCAGCAGCAAGGUAGCAGCAGCAGCAGCAGCAGCAGUGGCGAAGCCACCAGCAGCAAGAACAGCAGUAACAAAAGCAACAACAACAGCAGCAACAGCAGCAACAACAGCGGCACCAGUGGCAGCGAAAGCUGCAGCGGAAGCAGCAGCAACAGCAGCAACAGCAGCAAGAGUAGCAGCAAAAACAGCAGCAGAACCGGCAGCACCAGCAGCAACAGCAGCAGGACCAGUAGUAGCAGCAGCACGGAUCUCAGCAUAA